CUAAGGGCUGGCAGAUUAUUCGAAGCGUCCGAUGGCCGAGUGGGUGCUCUUCUGGGGCUCGCUCCUCACGGCCUUUGCGCCCAUCAGCGCGCUCUUCCUCCUCGUCGUGGCCCAGCGAGCGCAGCUCGUGAUCCUCGCCAUCACGGCUGCGUUCUUCUACCUCCUUGGGCUGCUCGUCGCGGCGACGGUCUGGACGGCGAUCCCGCCGCUCCAGACCUCGAUCCAAGCCACGAUUCCUAUCUCCAUCUUGAUCCAAGAGCUCUUCCGCUACCUCUUCUUCAACGUCUACGUGCGCUGCGAGCUAGCGGUCAAAAAGGUCACGACCAAGCAGAACCAGCUGCCUCUCAACGACCUGACAACCGCCUUUGCAUCCGGCGUCGGAUUCGCCCUCAUGCGGGCACUCAUGUUGUAUGGCACGGUCUUGGCCGCAAGUGUGCAGGGCGAAGGUGCGGCGUUCACCGACUCGUGCCCAUCCGUGCCGCUCGUGUUUGCGUCCGCGCUGUCGACGCUCGCGCUUACGCUCAUGGACGUGGCGUUGAUGAUCGUCGCGUUUGAGGGUUUCCGCAAAAAGUCGGUCGCUCACAUUGCCGCCGUCGUGCUCAUCCACCUCGGCUCGGGGCUAUCGAACAUGCUCAAUUUGAACGAGGUCGGCUGCAAAGCUUCGAUCCCACUGACGUACGUCGCGACGGCCCUUGCCAUCGCUGCUGCCAUGUUGACGCUCAAGCGGUCGAGCAUGACGUCGUUCCCAUAA